AUGAGCCGGAAUCUCUUCAAAUCCGUUGGACCUCAGACUAACUCUACAUUAUAGUUCUGUACAGUUUCCUGGAGGAAGACCUAGCGGAUACCAAAAUCUCGACUGAGGACAUCCAUAAAUAUUACAAGUUUGGUAAAUAAAGUAGGAUGUGGGAAAUACGGAGUUGUAUCAGCUGGCUCAUCUCUGAUCUGUCCUGGAAAGGAAGUUGCAAUAAAAACUAUAAGUUUGAAAUACAUGGAGGGAAGACUCAACUUACUCAAACAAGAGAUAGUAUCACUUAAAUAGAGUUGAUCAUCCAAAUAUAGUGAAAAUAUUUGAAAUUUUUAAAAAUGACGAGAAGAUAUUCAUUGUCAUGGAGCUGGUCAAAGGAACUGAUCUUCUGGAGUAUCUCUGAUCAUUGAAGGAUAUGUCUGAGAACACUGCUUCUAAGAUUAUCAAGCAAGUCUUAAAAGCGAUCAGACAUAUGAACACUUUGAACCUGUGUCAUAGAGAUAUAAAACUGGAAAAUAUAAUGAUCGAUCCUGAAACAAUGCAAAUAAAAAUCGUUGAUUUUGGAUUUUCCAAAUUUUAUUCAAAGAAAGAACAACUUCAUACCAGAGUUGGGACUCCCUAUUAUAUUAGCCCAGAAGUUCUUAAAGGAUCUUAUGGAAAAGAAUGCGAUAUGUGGAGUAUAGGGAUUCUUACAUUUAUCUUGCUGACUGGAUUCCCUCCAUUUCAAACCAAUAAAGCAACUGAAAUUUAUAAGGUUAUACUGACAGAUGGGAUCCAGUACGACCUGAAAUUCUGGAGCACUAAGUCUGAAUGGUCUUUAAACUUCAUCCAGCAAUGAUUAUGGUACACACCAGACGAAAGGAUGACUCCUAAGGAUGCUCUAAAUCACCCUUGGAUCCUCCAAAGUGAGGAUAAAAACAUAAAAAUCGACAAAUCUUGAUAUAAAAUGCUAGUAAACUUCUACAGCAAUCCUUCUGGGCUGAAGAAGGAGAUCUUCCUGCUGCUGUCUGAUACUAUCAACCAAGAGAAUAAGUCUAAAUGGAACGAAAUUUUUGAAGCUAUUGAUGCAGAUAAUACUGGCCGAAUUAGAGUCAAAGACCUUCUUAAAAUGUUCGUAAAUUUUGGAUAUAAAAUCCCCAAAAAUUCCAAACUGAAGAAAAUGUAUAAACAGGAUCGGGAUAUUCAGAUAAAAUACUCUGAUUUUUUGGCAAAUAUGAUGAAAGCUAAGGAUGGAAUCACUGAUGAAGACCUUUAUCUGGCCUUCAGAAACCUGGAUACUGAAAAUGAGGGAAGAAUCACAAUCUCAAACAUCCAAAGUUAUAUCAAUCGGAAAGGAGAUGGAGGAGAUAGUAAAAGAGCAUCUCUGCUGAUGAAAGAAGUUGAUACUUCUCUUUCAUUACGACAAUCUGAGCGGGAAGAGUCUAAAGACACAGACUUAAAGUACUCUGAAAGAAAAGAGAUUAGCUUCAAUUCUUUUCGGGAUUACUUCAUCCAAAGCUCUAACCUCUCCCAACUUACUAAAGAGAGUGAGGACAAUUACAGUCAUCGAAAGUUAGCUUCGACCAUGGACCAUCGGAGCUGUCUCCAGGAGGAUUGGUUUGACUCAAAAUAAUAAUAACUAGAUAUUAAGUCC